ACUAUGAUUUGCCUCCACCAGUAAGGCAAUGUUUCUUGUAUUGCGCUAUUUUCCCCCAGGACUUUGAAAUGUUGGUACAUCAUCUGAUAGAGCAUUGGAUGGCACAAGGUUAUUUGGGGUUGGAUGGUGAUUCUUAUUUGGAGGAAACCGGGAGAGAGUACUUUGAGUUGUUAGCAUCUCGCUGUUUUUUCCAAGAUUUCAGAGUUGGUCAUAAUGGUGUUACAUAUAGAUGCAAGAUGCAUGACCUGGUGCAUGACUUUGCCUUGUUUUUGGCAAGCCAUGAAUUUUUGAAACAGGAUGUAACUCCAGAAACAACUCCAGUGAAAGGUUCAACUUCCAGUAAAGCUCGUUAUUGGACAGUAACGAUUGCAAAGGGGUGUUGUUUUCCUACUUCUAUUUAUGGUGCUGAAAAGCUCCGCAGCCUCCUAACAAUUUCGCAAGAGAAGGCAAUAAGCAGUGAAGCAAUGCGCAUCAUCUUUAAUCAAGCACAACGGCUAAGGCUGGUGGAUUUUAGUUGGGAUAGAGAUUGGAAUCAUUUGGAUAGUACAAUUCCAAAAGAAAUAGGAAAGUUGAUCCAUUUGAGGCACCUUAACUUGUCUGGCUCAAAGUUGAUAAAAGAUAUGCCUGAAUCUGUGUGUGAAUUAGUUAAUCUGCAAUCUAUGGAUUUGACUGGCUGCUCUUCCCUCCAGAAAUUACCAGACGGGAUUGGAAAUUUGAUUAAUUUGAGGAAGAUUCGGACUGUACAUUGCCAAAGUCUUAGUUAUUAUCCUAAAGGGUUAGCAAGCUUAACCUCUCUCAGGGAGGCAAUUGACAUCGUUGUCAGAAUUGAUAGAAAUGACCCUAAACAGUUCAGCCUUGGAGAUCUGGAAAAGUUGGACAAUCUUCACUAUCUUUAUAUAACUGCAGAAGGUGAUGUCAUAAAAACCGAAGAGGUGAAUAGAGCCAAACUUCAAUUCAAGAUUGAAUUAAAGUCUUUCUCCAUAUAUCCAACUUCUUUCCAUUUAGUUGAAGACGAACUAGUUCAAGCAUUGAAGCUGCCGCUUGGAUGCGAAGUGAUGCCUUCAAGGGUGAGCCCAGACCAUGGGACUACAUACCCAUGGAGAGUCUAGCUGCUUUUACUCCAGAGAAGCUUCUUUGCAUCGAAGAUCCGAAGAAAACAUGUGAGAUAAUAAACGUGUUAAAUAUGAAUGGUGGUAUUUCAUGGAAAAUAAUAAGAGAGAAUUGCUGCUUCUGUUGAAGAGCUGGUCUUUGGGAUUCAAGCUAGCUAGGUUUUAUGCCUGGACUAUGAAAGAGAUGUAAUGUUAUUUUAUGCUGAACUUUUGUUUUCCUUUUAUGCUGAACUUUGUUCGUCCUUUGGUUUGCUAUGAAGCUGUGCAUUUGGAUUUCAGUUUGUGCGAAUUAAGUCUGUCUAACACU